UCCGCUAAGUCGGUUAGCCAAGUCGGAGGAAUAUAUUCACAUAAUGAAGUCCGCCAUUGCCCUGUGCCUGCUGUUGGCCACCAGUGGUUUCGCCACCCUGGUGCCCACGCAUCCCUCUGACCUGGUCGCCAUGUUGGCUCGCCAGCAGUUCGCCGUGCGCUCCCUGAUGGCCGCCUCCGAGGCCCGCGAUCAGUCGACCCUGGCCGACGACUGCUUCAACCACUACUUGGACGACCAGACCAACGUGAUCAUCAGCUACAACCAGCAGUACACCCGCUGCCUGAGGACCGCCCAGACUGGCCGGGAUGAGCUCACCAAGGAGAGUGCCUCGGAGCGCCAGGCCCUCCUGGAUCGCACCAACCAGAUGUGCACCAGCCUGACCAAGUGCGACGAACAAGUCGAUGGACUGGCGUUCUUCGACUGCUACCGCAAUGCCUCCUCCGACAGCUACAAGGUGAUGUUCACCCUGAACAGUGACUCCAGCCUGGACUUCAACCGCAUCAGCGCCAAGUACCAGGUGAUCGAGACCGAUCUCACUGACUGCGUGGACACGGCUCGUGUGAAGUACGCCCACGAUAUGGACACCUGUGACGAGAGCUUGACGAUCUGCUUGAACGGAGGCGUGGUGGCCAGCACACCUGCUGAUUCCACCACCCCACCAACUGUUCCUACUACGACUCCAGCUGUCACUGAGCCCACCACCACUCCUGCAGCUCUCACCACGACACCAGCUGCUCCCACCACUCCUGCUGAGCCCAUCACAACUCCCGCUGCUCCCACCACAGCCCCAGCUGCUCCCACCACAACCCCAGCUGCUCCCACCACUAUCGUUGCUUCCACAACUCCCGCUGCUUCCACCACAACUCCCGCUGCUCCCACCACAAUCCCAGCUGCUCCCACCACAACUCCCGCUGCUCCCACCACUCCCGUUGCUUCCACAACUCCCGCUGCUCCCACCACAACCCCAGCUGCUCCCACCACAACCCCAGCUGCUCCCACCACUCCCGUUGCUUCCACAACUCCCGUCGCUUCCACAACUCCCGUUGCUUCCACAACUCCCGCUGCUCCCACCACAACUCCAGCUGCUCCCACCACAACUCCCGCUGCUCCCACCACUACUCCCGCUGCUCCCACCACAACCCCAGCUGCUCCCACUACUCCCGUUGCUUCCACCACCGGAGCUUCCACUACUGAAGCCUCCACCACCGAGCGUCCACCUGAGGAGGACCUCGACAGGUCCGCCAUCUUGACUCACAAGAGAUCCUGGAACCUGUUCAAGCGCUUCUUCUAAAAGCUAAAAUUUUAAAAAAUAUUUAUUGCAUUCAUUUAAAAAUAUAAGUUACCGUAGAAGUCCCAAUAAAAGCGGUUGCAUAUAAA